CUUCAACGAGCGAUCAUCUUCAAUUCCUUCCAGCUAUAUACAGUGUACACACAUUCUGGACCUCCCUCGCCAAGCUCCCAAACGCAGCGCCGGAACCCAGCCCACACCAGCAGGCGGCUCCAUCUCAACACCCAACACGUACUCACCCACGACCCUCAACUCCAUCAUCUCCAUCACCUCUAUAGCAAGCUCCACACCCAUCCUGAUCAUCACCGUCUUGCUGCUACCCACAUCCUGGUCACUUCCAAGGCCUUCCAUACCCAUUCCAUAUGGAACCAGCCUUUACGCCACGGUAAACACCCAUUCUCACUACAACUUCACAUCUCCAUACAAUCAUACGUUCUUCCACCUCCAACACACCACACCACAACAUCAUCACCUCUCAGAGCCUGUAAUCACCAUUCUGGAACAACACCCAUAGAUAUCACCACCGCAAUCAUCUCUUCUCAAAGCCCAUAGCACCACCGGGCCUCAGCUCACGCAGCACCACACACCUCUAUCCGCAUCGAACCACAAAUCUCUAUCUGCAUGGCAGACGCCGCCGACGCAGGCCCCAUUACGCCAGCACCGACGGACACCAAGCAGUCCAUGGCAAGUAGAGUUUCUGCUGAUGGAUUUGAUACUUGUGUUUGGUAUGGACCGGAUGGUAGGGCAUCAAGUGAAAGGAAAAAUUCAUUUCAAAGCGGAUCACUCAGGAUACCAAGGGUUCCAGUGACUUUGAGAUAUAUUUUGAAUUACCCUCGAUGGAUUAAACCAAAAGUGAUUUCAAUCGGUCCUUACUACUAUGGUGAUAAAUAUCUCCAAGAAGUGCAAAAGCUCAAGUAUCAACAUGCCGAGAAAUUCAUACGUGAAAGUCAACAACAAACAAAUGAGUUGUACCAAAAAAUUGAAAAUGAGAUCGACGACCUAGCAAUGUGUUAUGAUUCUUGUGAAGCAACAUCGGAAGAUGACAAAAAGAAACUGGCCACGAUAUUCUUGUUGGAUGGGUGUUUUUUACUACGUUUCAUUUACUACAGCAACAAGGAGGAAGGGAUCAACGCUUUGAGUUUUACAAAUCAUGAUAUGACUUAUAUAAGACAAGACUUGUUCUUGUUAGAGAACCAACUUCCCUAUCAAGUUCUCAAGCUGUUGUUCGAACAUGCCAAUUUUAAGGCAGAGUCGAAAGAUUUUUCAAUGGAAGAGAUGAUAAAAGAUUUUGUCAUAUCUCACAUCCCCUUGCCUGGAGGAAAAUCGGAAAGAGAAACAUUGGAAAGUGGAAAAAUAGAUGAGCCUUGCCAUCUCCUUCACCUUUUGCAACGUGCAGUUCUAGGCCAAUUGGAAACAAAUCACCCACAACAAAAAGAGGAUGAAGCUGAGGGAAAAAAGCAACGUGAGAGACAAUGUCCCCCUAAAGGAGGAAUUAGAAAGUUGUUGAGCCGACUCCCUGCUUUACUCCCCCACAACAAAGAAGGCAAAGUACAAAGGAAAUCCAUUCGUCACUCAUUCAAAAACGCCCAACAACUUACAACAGUGGGCAUCCGUUUUAAGCCCAAUGAGACGGGUUAUUUGGGAGAUAUUUCUUUCACUUCUGAUUGCUCUGGCAUUACUGGAUGCCUUAGGCUUCCUCCAAUCACCAUUGACACCUCAACUAUGAUAAUUUUCUUAAACUUGAUAGUCUUCGAAUCCUCAAAUACCCCCAACGACCUUGGCGUAAUCUCUUACCUAUGCUUCCUGGACUCACUCAUUGAUCAUUGGGACGACGUUAAGGAGCUUCAGGCAGCCCAAGUACUCCAUAACUUUUUGGGUGACCAAAGAGAAGUGGCCAAAUUUUUCAACCACGUAUGCGGCAAAUUGGUACCAAAUUCUAAUGCUUAUAAAAAUGUGAAACUACAAAUUCAAAAGCAUAUUGAAAGUCACUACCAGAGCAAAUUGCGGAUAUGGUUGCUUCAAUGCAAGCAUACCUAUUUUAGUAGUCCCUGGAGUAUCAUUGCGUUGUUUGCUGCAUUUUUAGGACUACUCUUUACUGCUAUUCAAGCCUGCACUUCACUUGCCUGAAGCUGAUAAGUUGCUUCUUAGUAUCCUAUUAUCCCCGCCUUGUCAGAUCACAAGUAUUAGGAUAUUUUGUUGGAUCUUGAUGAAUAUUUUGAUUCCCAACAUGUGUGUGGAUGAUUAGGUUUAGAUUGAUUGAGAGUUAUGUAAACUCCAUUUGAGAGUUUUAGGGGGUUUAUGUAACUUGAUUGUCACAAAAUUACCAAAUGGAAGAUUGUUAUGACCUUUAGUUCUUGUAUUUGUUUUGUUGACAAUUUCAUUCUUUUCCAUUCUGGUAAAGGAAAUUUUUUGGAUAGUGA